CGGAGGGUCUCCCCGGCCUGGCCAGACCACUCGUUUCCGCGGCAGCCUCCCGAUGACAAUGGCGGCGUGAGCCCCUGCCAUGGCCCACCGCACGCGCCAGAGCACAGCGAGCAGCAUGCUGGACCACAGAGCCCGGCCGGGCCCCGCGCCCCCCGGCCAGGAGCCCGAGGGCCAGGACGCCGAGCUGCCCCUGGAGGGAUACGUGGCCCCAGGCCUAGUGCGGCCUGAGAGCCCCCCGCCCCCCGAGCGGGGCUGCCCCGACCACAGCCCCGACCACAGCCCCGACGGGGACUCCAGCUCCGACUACGUGAACAACACGUCGGAGGAGGAGGACUAUGACGAGGGCCUCCCCGAGGAGGAGGGCGUCACGUACUACAUCCGCUACUGCCCCGAGGACGACAGCUACCUGGAGGCCGAGGGCUGCCACGGCGAGGGCUGCCUGGAGACGGAUGAGUGCCAGGAGGCCGUGGAGGACUGGACGGACUCGGCGGGCCACGGGCACGAGGGCGGCCACCUCCCCAUCCCGGAGGACGAGGCGUCCGUGCUGGAGGCCCCGGACCAGGAGGAGGGCCUUCACUACUGCCCCGACGAGGAGGAGAGUUACCGGGACUACUACCCCCCGGAGGCCAACGGGAAUGCGGGCGGCGCGUCUCCCUACCGCCCCCGGCGCCGGGGCGGGGACCUGGAGGACCAGGAGGAGGACAUCGACCAGAUCGUGGCCGAGAUCAAGAUGAGCUUGAGUAUGACCAGCAUCGCCAGUGCCGGGGAGGCCAGCCCCGAGCACGCGCCGAUGCUGGGGCCCGAGCCAGGGCCGGGGGGCCCCACAGAGGCAGGCCUGCCCAGCGAGGCCGGCCGCGGCCCCAGCAGACAUGAGGGCAGGCCCACAUCGCUCAGCCUCCCUCCCCAGGCCAGGCUCCCCGGAGACCCCCCGAGAGGCCUCAAGACCAAGGGCAGGACCCCCGAGGAGAGGCCCACGUGGCCCCAAGAGCAGGUGCGAAACGGUCCGGAGCCGCGCAAGCAGCAGCGCUCCGAUCUCAACGGGCCCGUGGACAACAACAACCUCCCGGAGACAAAGAAGGCGGCCUCCUUCCCGAGCUUUGUGGCUGUUCCAGGGCCCUGCGAGCCCGAGGACCUCAUCGACGGCAUCAUCUUCGCUGCCAACUACCUGGGCUCCACGCAGCUGCUGUCGGAGCGGAACCCGUCCAAGAACAUCCGGAUGAUGCAGGCCCAGGAGGCCGUCGGCCGCGUCAAGAGGAUGCAGAAAGCGGCUAAGAUUAAGAAGAAGGCGCACUCGGAGGGGGACGCGCAGACGCUGACGGAGGUGGACCUCUUCAUCUCCACCCAGAGGAUCAAGGUGCUCAAUGCGGACACGCAGGAAACCAUGAUGGACCACGCCCUGCGCACCAUCUCCUACAUCGCGGACAUCGGGAACAUCGUGGUGCUCAUGGCGCGGCGGCGCAUGCCGCGGGCGGCCUCGCAGGACUGCAUCGAGACCACGCCGGGCGCCCCCGAGGGGAAGAAGCAGUACAAGAUGAUCUGCCACGUGUUCGAGUCCGAGGACGCCCAGCUCAUCGCGCAGUCCAUCGGCCAGGCCUUCAGCGUGGCCUACCAGGAGUUCCUGCGCGCCAACGGCAUCAACCCCGAGGACCUGAGCCAGAAGGAGUACAGCGACCUCGUCAGCUCCCAGGAGAUGUACAACGACGACCUCGUCCACUUCUCCAACUCGGAGAACUGCAAGGAGCUGCAGCUGGAGAAGCACAAGGGCGAGAUCCUGGGCGUGGUGGUGGUGGAGUCGGGCUGGGGCUCCAUCCUGCCCACCGUGAUCCUGGCCAACAUGAUGAACGGGGGCCCCGCCGCCCGCUCGGGGAAGCUGAGCAUCGGCGACCAGAUCAUGUCCAUCGACGGCACCAGCCUGGUGGGGCUGCCCCUCGCCACCUGCCAGGGCAUCAUCAAGGGUCUGAAGAACCAGACGCAAGUGAAGCUCAACAUCGUCAGCUGCCCGCCCGUCACCACGGUCCUCAUCAAGCGGCCGGACCUCAAGUACCAGCUGGGCUUCAGCGUGCAGAACGGGAUUAUCUGCAGCCUCAUGCGGGGUGGCAUCGCCGAGCGAGGGGGCGUCCGCGUCGGCCACCGCAUCAUCGAGAUCAACGGGCAGAGCGUGGUGGCCACGGCCCACGAGAAGAUCGUGCAGGCUCUGUCCAACUCGGUCGGGGAGAUUCAUAUGAAGACCAUGCCCGCCGCCAUGUUCCGGCUCCUCACGGGCCAGGAGACCCCGCUGUACAUCUAGGAGCCGAGGCCGGACCCCACGCUCCCCCGACGAGAGGUCCGUCUUCCUCCAAGGAGAGCCGCCACGUGUGCGCGUCGAUCUG